CCCCUUUUUUACUUUAUUUAUAUGAACAAUCCCUCUCCCAUUUCCACUGCCAUCCCCAAAUCCCACCCCAUCGCCAUGGCGGAGGAAGAGGCCGCGCCGCCACAACCACCGCCAAGUUUCAAGCUUUUCGGCACGGUGAUCGGGAAGAGGGACAGAGAAGUCAAGCGGCAGCUGGAGGAGGAGGAGGCGGAAGAGGAGGAGGAGGAGGAGGAAGCGGAGGAGGAAGAGGAGGGGGCGCAUCCAGCGACCGGGGCGGCGGCGGCGGCGGCGUCCAGGGGGGAGGCGCUGCCGUGUCCGCGGUGCAAGAGCCGGGAGACCAAGUUCUGCUACUUCAACAACUACAACGUGAACCAGCCGCGGCACUUCUGCAAGGCCUGCCACCGCUACUGGACCGCCGGCGGCGCCCUCCGCAACGUCCCCGUCGGGGCCGGCCGCCGCAGGGGCCGCCCCGUCCACCGCCCCUCCGCCGCCGCAGCCGCCUCCGCCCCCGGGUGCGUCGGAUCCGCCGCCCAGAGUUGGAUGCUGCGGCCCGGCGCGCCGCCGAGGCUCGAUCGCGGGAUCGGCGGCGGCGCGCUCCGUUGACUUGUACUUUUAGGGAUCUGGUAUCUAGUCGUGUUUGUGUUCGUGGCCCAAAUCGUAAAGUUCUCCUCCUCCUCCUGUUGCCCAUCCAAAUUUAUUCUGUUUUAGUGGGGAAUUAAAUUUCUUUCCUAGUUCAGUAA